CCCCGCUCCGAUUAUCCGUACGUCAUCGAAUCGUGCUAAAACGUGCUCGCCACCCGGCUGUGAAAAGGUGCUCGUGGGGUGAAUUGUGAAAUAGUGCCACGAAUUCGGUGAAAUUGUGAAUUAAUUCCUUUCCGUAGUGUUGUUGCGUAGUGUCGUACGGCUAGUCCCGGGUGCAGGAAUCACCUGGCUGCAGUGUUUUAGUUCGCCGGGAGCGACACCGUCGGUGCGGUACUGCGUAAUAGGCAACCUUGAAAGAGCGUGGAAUCGUGGCGUUUCCUGUGUGUGCUAGCCUUUGCAAGCAAAAACCAUUCCACCCCCAGUGAGAACCAGAAUGCCAAAAUGUCCACACUCACCGAGAAACGUCGCGUCUCGUCCAUCCUCAAGCCAUCACAGUCUGUGCCGGACGGUAGCGGUACACCGACCCGGAACAAGGUGCGCUUCGCCGAGCUGUCGAUCGAGUUGGCCCUGCGGGACGUGUUGGAUAACAACCGGUUAACGGGGUACGAUGAACUUUUAGAAAAGCUGAAAGAUGAAGAUCCGCAGGACAUGAAAUUCGUAGAAAUAUUCGCCGAAGCUAAGCAAGCCGUUCCUUUGAUGAAGCCCUACUUCGGCAAGCUGGUCGAGUUUCUGCUGUCCUCCCGCUGGCUGAACCGCUCCGAGGAGGCGCAGGAAGCGUACAAACAGUUCGUGGUGGAGCUGUCGAUUGUGCAGAAAAACUACUGCACCAUGACCGUGGCCAAGCUGGUGAAACAGUUCAUCCCGGACCGGGCGCUACAGUCGCCGUCGUCGUCCACGGUUAGCUGCAUCCCGAGCGAGGAUCAGCAGCAGCAGAUGGGAUCGUUGCACGAUCUGAUAAUAAGACUGAAAAAUGUGAUACCGAUGAUCUUCGACGUGGUGCUGACGCAGCUGCGGAAGAACUUCCCGUACUACAAGCGGCCGUCCGGUGAGGUGGCCGGCUACCUCUACAACGUGCUGCGCAUGACGGAGUACGCGUCGAUCUACUGCGACGAGCUGCUGGAUAUUGUGUUCUACCAUCUGCUGCAGCUCGACGUCAACAUGCCCCGGAGCGUCAUCGAGGAGACGGAGUAUCCGGACGAGGAGAUGAUGUUCGAGAUGACGGACACCGGUGAGGGUGAGGACGGGGAAAGCGGUGAGGAAAGCGACACGAUGAAGCAUCCGGUCGCGGAAACGCUCGAUUGGUUUAUGGAAAUCAUUUUCAACUACAUCGAGCAGACGGUGAAGGUGGACGGGCAGGGCGAUCGGUUGUUCAAGAUCGUGCUGAACCAGUUCGACGCUCACAUCCUGCCGGCACACAACACCGACCACGCGCAGUUUAUUAUGUUUUACAUCUGCAGCUUCAAGCUGUCGUACGCGGAACACUUCAUCAGCUCGCUGUGGAAGAACGUGAACAAUCUGAACAAAUCGCCGAACGUGCGGCAGACGUCGGUCGGCUACAUCGCCAGCAUGCUGGCCCGGGCCAAAUAUGUCCCGUUAAACUAUCUAAAGUCCAUGCUGCUGGAAAUGUCGCACUGGGUGCACAACUACAUACAGCGGUGCGACUCGAUGCACUACAAUCAAUCGCUGAAGGCGCAUCUCGUGUUUUACUCGGUGUGCCAGGCGAUCUUCUACGUCGUCGCGUUCCGCGCCAACCAUCUCACCUCUAGCGCGAAGAACCUCACGUUCCUGCAGUCGCUGCAGCUGUCGUCGAUCGUCACCUGUCAGCUGAACCCGCUGCGCGUCUGCCUGCCGACGGUGGCGACGGCUUUCGCGGGGAUUACGCGCGCCUACCAGCUGGCCUACUGUCACACCAUUCUGGAGCGGAAUGCACGCCGCAAGUUGGCCACCGUGUACAAGAACAACACGCAGCUGCCGGAGGACUGUCUCGACACGUUCUUCCCGUUCGAUCCGUACAUGCUGAAGAAGUCGGGCAAGCGCAUCGAACCGUUCUACCUGCAGUAUCAGGCGCACGAGCUGGACGAGGAGAACGGCGGUGGUGGUGGCGAGACCAGUGGAGGUAGGGGUCGCAAGCGGUACGAAUCGGUGUCGGAAGAUGUGGACGAUUUCAUCCCGGAGAGCAAGCGCCACAAGCACCACGGGGUGGAUGUAAGCGGCGAGUUUACGUUCUCGUACGGUGUGUCGCCGGGAUUUCAUAGCUGAAGUGGGUGGGAGACCACGUACCACGCUAUGGUCCCAGUGGUAUGGUCUUGAGUGGUGGGCGUGCAAUCUUCCCGUGUCUCUGUAAUGCUUUUACACUACACAACUGAUGAUAAAUACACUAUCUAUCCAACAUUUAA